UGAGCACCUCGCGUGAACAAGAACCCUCAAAAAUUGCGAUUGCAAUUUCGAAUAGUAAUGGCGUUUUUUUCGUUCCGAGGUUUAAGAAACGAUUAGCAGCACGAACUCUGUCUUUUCGCACGCAUCUCGACGAGCAUCUUUGGAGCAUUUUAUCGCGAACGAGUCGUUAUUUUUCAGAUAACAAAGAACCUACGCCCUAUCUUCGCAAGAGGACCAAGAACACCAAGAGAAUGAGGUGCAUCAAAUUUGCGUGCCCUACUCCGAAUUGCCCGAGCGUCUUUGCGUGGAAAAGGAACCUGCAGAGCCACCUUCGCUACCAAUGCGGCCAGAAGCCCAGGUUCAAGUGUCCCUACUGCGACUACAUAUGCAAGAAUUCCAUCCGUGGUAUUCUUAUUGUCCCUGGAACGUAAGACCGUAUCAGUGUUUGAACUGUCCCAACAAUUACGCGAAGAAGUGUCACCUGAAGCGGCACGUGAUAAGCGCCUGCAACGGCAAGAAGCCGCGUUACAAAUGCCCUUACUGCAUGUACAUAUCGCGAUACCCUUCGGACACUUACAAGCACGUGAAACGCCUGCACGAGAAUCAGUCAGUUUUCACCAUCGACAUCUCGCGCACGAGCGACUACUAUUCCAAGGAUAACCUGAUGCAGAGUAACGGAAUAGCGAUCUUGACGAGCUCGCAGCCCAAAUUGAACGAAUGGUCGCAGAAUAUCCCACCGUUACCGGGAAGUUCACAUCAUCGCUAGGAAAUCUUUCUGUUUAACUUUUAAAGGACGGGCAGGUUUUUUUAAUGAUUUUUUAUCACCGUGAAAAAUAAGCGACUCCCGUGGAGCCUAAAAACCGGUUUUCCGUCCUCUAAAGGUUAAUACAAUGUUAAUACAAUGUUCUUUAUUUUUCUUGUACAACGUAGAUGAAAUAAAAAUUGCAUUUUUUUCAUCAAUUAUUAAGUACUAUUUAGGAUUCUUGUUCAUUUUUCCGGUAGCUAUUAGGUUGAAAGAAAUAUUUCUGUCGAAUGGUUUCCCAGUUUUUCUUUGUUAGAGAAUAUUAUUUUUCUAUUGUUUGUCGCGUUACACAUUUCGAUACUUUUCUGUUCGCAAAGUCCUAGAUGGUUUCUUCCAGAUAGAUCGACCAAUUUUUCUUUUUUUCGUUAUCGCACACAUCAGUCUACGUUAUACGCUCGUAUUCAGGCGAAUUUUAGCAUGACGUUUUAGUCGACCGACAUUGCGUGUUAAAGUGUAAGAAUUUUAUAGGUUUUAUUAUCAGAAGUGUCCGACAGACUUUCAUAGCAAAUAAAACUUGAAUACACUGCGAUUAGCGGCUCAGAUUCAAAUGUCCUUACUGCGAAAUAUGUUUGAAAACGGAAAUCACGAAUAUGAACAGGCACAUCAUUGCAGGAUGCAGAAUCGUGAAAUGCGCAUCUUCGUAAUCGACGUUGUCACGAAUAAGAAGCACUACGUGUGAAAUAACUGAGGCUCUGAUUAUUUUGAUAAAUUAGUCCGAAAUUGUUCUGGUCGCGUUUCGAAAUUACAUUUAAAUUAAACUGGUGUAUCGCUGCGAAAGAUUAUAUCGGCAACUACUUUAUUACUUCAAUCUUGAUUUUUUUUUUUACUUUGUUUUUUAUACGGAAACUUUUAUAUAUUAUAAAAAUAUACGUUAUUAAAUGUCUGAGAUAUUUUAGGUGAAUUUUUUUUAACUUUAAUAAAUUGUCAAAUAUUUUGAAUUAUGUUUAUAGUUGAUGCAACCUACACACACAUUCACGUAGUUUUUCUCCCAUGAAAACCGCAAAGUUUAUGCUAAUUGAGUUUAUGCAUGAAGUAGACGACGAAGUUUUGAUUGCAUGAAGAAGUGGAAGACACGUCGGAGGUUUCUCUCGAGGCAUUGAUCUUAAGGCGAGUAGUGAACUUUCUUUAGGGAAGGUCUCUGUGAGAAAGAUGUUUAUUAAUAAAAAGCUUACCGCAUCCGAAGGGGGCUGCGACUUCUUGAUGCGACUUGUAAAUUUGUAUAUAUAGACAUAGACAAUUUGUACAUAAAGGUCCGAAAGAUAACAUCGAUCGUGCGAGGAUUAUAAAACAGCGGCUCGCUGAUAUUAUUCUAGCAUCGAGAUCAACACUUUCACUACCCAUUAACCAUGUUAAUUUGUCUAUGAGAAUACGCGUUUUCGUGAUAAAUGCAUGAUAAUAGCAAAAUAUACAAUUGAGACUUAAUAAAGUAUUAUCCCAUGGGUUUCUCGUGUUUUGUGAUGUUCAUUUCUUUUUCCAUCAAUCAAUCUCGGAACGUCAACGUAAUUUGUCACAUGAAUGUCUUUUCACCAUGAUUUCCCAUUUUUGCUUUCAGAUUCGUGUAUGUCGACGUCAGUCUCGAAACAGGAAGACGAAUCACCACCACAACAAGAACAAAAUCAGGAAGAGUCAUCAUGGAAUAUAGUUUA